AUGAGCGCGCAGUCCACGUUCACCCAAACGCCCGCGUACACGGCGCGCGUGUCCAGCCCGAAGGAGGUGGCGGCCGAGGAAGCGCUCGUCUACGAAGAGCUGAAGCGCACCGUGGCCCUGCUCGAGACGGCCGUGAAGACCAACGCCAAGGAGAAGCUCCCGCGCGUGCUGCGCGCCACCAGCAAGCUGCGCAAGACGCUGUCGGUGGCGCAGCUGCAGCAGGCCGUGGAGCAGCUGCUGCCCUCGCAGAACGCGUCCAAGCCCGCGCUGCUGGCGCUGCUGGCCAAGAUCGACGCCAAGGCGCAGGCGGCCGCCGCUGACGCCCGUGCGGCUGCCGCGAAGGACCAGGAUGUGGAGAUGACGGACGCCUCGCCCGAGGCGGAGACGGCGGCGUCCCCCGCGACGGUGGUGCUGCCCGUCGUGGACCUCAUUGAGGUGGAGAUCUACCUGUUCCUGUACGUGCUGGCGGCGCUGGUCAAGUACAAGCUGGCGCAGGAGGCUCUGGACACGGUGGACAAGGCGGUGGCGCGCUGCCAGCAGUUCAACCGCCGCACGCUCGACCUGCUGCAGGCCAAGGUGUUCACGUACUACUCCAACAUCCACGAGCAGUUCGGCCACGACCUCCCGGCCAUCCGCGCCACGUUGCUGGGCGCGCACCGCACGUCGUGUCUGCGGUACGACGAGGCGGGCCAGGCCACGCUGAUCAACCUGCUGCUGCGCAACUACCUCAAGGACAACCUGUACGAGCAGGCGUACAAGUUCGUGAGCAAGACGACGUUCCCCGAGACGGUGUCGAACAACCAGUUCGUGCGCUACCUGUACUACGUGGGCAAGAUCCAGGCGGUGCAGCUCGAGUACACCGAGUCGUACACGAAGCUCAUGCAGUCGAUCCGCAAGGCCCCAGCCAACACGGCGUUCGGCUUCCGGCGCACAGUGUACAAGCUCGCGAUUAUCGUGCAGCUGCUCAUGGGCGAGGUGCCCGAGCGCAACGUCUUCAACCAGGACGAGCUCCGCAAGGCGCUCGCGCCGUACCUGCAGCUCACCAACGCUGUUCGCGUGGGUAACCUGGAGGACUUCAACGUGGUUUUGGCGCAGCACGGACCAGUCUUCAAGGCGGACAACACGUACACGCUGAUCCUUCGCCUGCGUCACAACGUCAUCAAGACGGGUCUGCGCAAGAUCAGCACCUCGUACUCGCGCAUCCUGUUCACGGACAUUUGCGAGAAGCUGGCGCUGGAGAACGCCCAGAACGCCGAGUUCGUGUGCGCCAAGGCGAUCCGCGACGGUGUGAUCGACGCAGUGAUCGACCACGAGAACGGCUGGCUGCAGCUCAAGGAGACGGUGAACGUGUACACGACGAACGACCCGCAGACCGCCUUCCAGAGGCGCAUUACCUUUUGCCUGGACGUGCACAACGAAGCUGUCAAGGCCAUGCGCUACCCGCCGGAUGCAUACAAGAAGGACCUGGAGAGCGCGGAGGAGCGUCUCGAGCGCGAGAAGCAGGAGGAGGAGCUCGCCAAGGAAAUCGAAGACGAGAUGGACGAGGGUCUGUGAGCCCAGCUUCUUGUUGCUGCAGUCUUGCGUGAAUGUAAGACGAUAAGCGGUCGAAAGCAAGAAACGUCUUAUC